AUGGGCCUUCGACAACGUCUUGCCAGGCUUUUUCCCUUGCUCGCGUACCACCAUGUCCUCAUGGGUGUUUGUUCUGUGAUAAUUAUCCUCUUAUCUGUUCUCCUCGCGGGAUGCACAUCCUCCAACGGCAUGAGCAAUAUCUAUCUAGUGUCCCUCAAGUACAGGAAUGGUAGUAUUUCGACACCUAGCGACCCCGCGUUUAUAAACCCCGGCAUUGCAGAGAAGGUCUACAACAUUUCUCAGCCCCGCAACACCACGAUCCUGGAAGUACGGGCGGGAUACAUGGGUCUCUGCUUGACUCAGAGUGACGGCGCGCAGUUCUGUUCCAACAAUGCUGCAGCGUUGGCCAGCAUGGUCAAGGAUCAGGGAUACGGCAGUAAUGGCACUGCCGAUCCACUGAAUCUGAUUUGGAUUGCCAAGAACUUCAAGGAGACCAUUGUUUUUGACGGUUUGAUAUUCGUUGCCGUUGUCGCGACAUUCAUUUGUUUCCUCGCAUUAGGAACAUUCCCUGGAUGGCAUGAGGAAGUCGACGAGACCGGUUCAGAGCGCGAAGUCAAGCCCUUCCCUUCGCGACCAGUGUCGCAAGCUGCACUGGGUUUGAGUUCAUUGGGGUUCAUAUUCGCGUUGAUCUCAAUCCUCUGGCAGCAUAUUAAUAGCAGCGCUGCAGGCACCAUGGCCGAGAGUCUUACGUAUGGGGCCAUCCAGAGCCAUGUUGGAACGGCGGCAAUGAUUCUCGGGUGGGCGGCUGUGGCCUGCCUUGGGAUUGUUACUCUGGCCUUGCUGGUUAUGAUCAUGAGUAUUAGUCUUCUCCGUCGGUUGACGGAUGGGGAGUGA